UAUUUCAAUUUAUAUUAUGUAUUUCCAAUUUUCCUCCUAGCAUCUGUGUUCAAAUGUUGUUCAUAUAACCUGAAGUUGCUGCCACAGUCAGCUACACGAUGAUAAUACACUACUAUAUAGGGCACUUAUCAAACAGCUUUCAGAACUCCUUUUUUUUUGCCCCAUGUUAUCACUUGUUUGUACAGAGAAUUGAAAUGUUUAGAAAAUCAAGUGAAUAGUUUGUUUCUACUACUGACCUUUCAUUUACCAGUUAAAAAUAUAUCCACUCAGAUGGUUACGUGAAUGUGAACACACACACAUGUAGAUAGUAGAACCAUGACCUAUGUCUAGCUUUGAUCACCAUGUGUAGAUUCUUUGAGUUUGUGUUUAUAACCUUGCUAAGGUUUUAAAGCAGCAUGCUCAAAGAUGACGGUUUGAAAAUGAGGUCACACUUUUUUUUUUUUGAUAGAUAAAAAGAGUUUUAUUGAUGAAAAAGAACAAUGUGUUUACGAUUGUAAACUCACUACCCUUGAAACAAAUACAAUCAAAUCAUAAGGAAAGACUAAUAGAGAUAAGGAAAGCAGACAAGGAACUACAGUGCGUAAGCUCCCAAAUACGAGACCACUUAAACAAAGUCUUAUCAAGCAAGGUCUUCAACAAAUCUAUAGGACUCUCAACGUCCUCAAAAAUUCGGGCAUUGCGUUUCUUCCAUACUAACCACAUAAGGCAUGCUGGUACCAAAUUCCAAACUUUUGAAGAGUAAGUUCCCAACCAAUUCCUCCAUGCAUAAAGAAGAGAAACAAUAGUGUCCGGCAUCACCCACUGAACCCCAAACAUAAUAAGGACCUCACUCCACAAAGCAGAUGCAAACCUACAAUGGAUCAAAAGGUGAUCCACAGUCUCCCCAUCACACCUACAUAAACAACACCAGCUAACAAGGGGCAAGUUCUUCUUAAUGAGGUUAUCUAUUGUGAGAAUCCCACCCCUAGUAGCAGUCCAUAAAAAGAAAGAUACCCUUUUAGGUACCUUUACACACCAAAUGCUCUGUCAAGGGAAAGAAACAGAAGGGGCUUUCAAUAAAGCAAUAUAAAAGAAUCGCACAUCAAAGACACCACUGCGAUUCAACUGCCAAAUCAAGAUAUCCUCACCCUCCCCACAAGGAAUCCUGGCAGAGACAUGCUCAUAGAAAGAAUAAAAUCUCCUCAACUCCCAUUCAUUAAAAUUGCGUCGGAAAUGGAAGUUCCAACUCCCACCUCCUCCGUUUGGUGCAAAAAUAAUCAUGUCAGAAAUCAGAGCUUCCUGAACCACAGCACAUGCAAACAAUUUCGGGUAUAAUUCCUUCAAAGGAGUAGGACCACUUCAAGGGUCAUGCCAAAACCGAAUACGAUUGCCCUCUUAUACUUAGAAUCUUUAAACUUAUUAAUUAAGAAAAAAUCACAUGGAUUUUGUGUGUUUUCCAUAUAGAUAAACUGACAUGUAUGGAGGAUGCAUUUAUGAGUGUGUGUCUAUGCAAAUAUGAAACUGCAUAUGUCAAGUUUCAAUUUGCAUGCUACUUUAUUUCACUGGAGUUAAAACUAUUAGAAUUUAUGAUUUUGCUCAGAUAGUUGCAUCACUGAGAAAAAUAUUCUCAUCUCAAAUGUUAUGUCAACACAAUGGAACUUUCUUGUUUGUCAUUAUUGUGAUGUCUAAACAGCACCAUAAUCUUUGAACAAAUCAAAGAUGUUUCAUGGUAACUAACUCCAGUUAUAGUUUCCCUCUAUAAAUACCAACCACAAGAGGCAUGUGUUCACCACAAGUAAUCAACACACCCUUUCCUCAUAUUCUUCCUUUCUGAUCAUAAUUGCCAAUUUGCCUUAUUCUCCUCAUCAUGGCUGCUGCAACUCACAACCAACUCUCAAAUAACAGCUUAGAAAUUCCUAUUUAUGCAAAUGAUAUUAUGGACUCAAAACAUUGCCAGAAGAUUGAAGAAGGUGAAAAUGUUGACUACUUUCAAAGGGCACAGUGGCUUCGAGCUGCUGUAUUGGGAGCCAAUGAUGGGCUUGUUUCUGUUGCAUCGUUAAUGAUGGGUGUUGGGUCCGUUAAAGAAGACAUUAAACCCAUGCUCCUUGCUGGUUUUGCAGGUUUAUUUGCAGGCGCUUGCAGUAUGGCAAUUGGGGAGUUUGUGUCUGUGUACACCCAGAGGGACAUAGAAGUGGCACAAAUAAAGAGAGAGAACUCAAUGAAAGUUGGAGGAGAGAAUGAAGAAGAGGGUGAGAAGGAGAACCUUCCAAAUCCUUUUCAAGCAGCUUUUGCAUCAGUCCUUGCAUUUUCAGCAGGUGCAGUAAUGCCAUUAUUGGCAGCUGCAUUUAUAAAGCCACAUAAAGUAAGACUGGGUGUCCUAAUUUUAGUGGCUAGCUUGGCCCUGGUUGUUUUUGGAAUUGUAGGAGCAGUGUUAGGGAAGACUCCAAAGGUGAAGUCUAGCAUUAGGGUUCUUGUUGGAGGCUGGGUGGCAAUGGCAAUCACCUUUGGGCUGACCAAAUUAAUUGGCUCCAAUGGACUGCAAAUGUGAUUUCUGGGUUUUGACUUUUGUCCUUUUGUUGAUUGUAAACUUGUUUUCCUUUGGCUACCUCUACUUUUUGGUUUGACCUUUCUUGAGUAUGCUUGUGUUCAGUUUUUAAUGUGUCAUAUGUCAUGGUCCAAGAGUUUUCUAAAUGGAAGUGAAGGUGUCAAUUGAGCUAA